AUGGAUAUUCUGUCGAGUUUUUUCUUGUUAAUCCAUAUUACUUCACUAGUUCUGCUCUCUGGGUUCUCCGAUGGAACGGAUCUUCUGAGCUCCACUCAGUCUGUUAGUGAUGGCAGGAGCCUUGUUUCCAAAAGCGGAAUCUUUGAACUGGGCUUUUUCAGUCCUGGAAGCUCAAACAACCGUUACUUGGGAAUUUGGUACAAGAAUAUCCCAGUCCCAACUGUGGUUUGGGUGGCAAACAGGGGCGAACCGAUCAAUGACUCAUCUGGUUUGCUAAUGAUAAACAGCACAGGCGAUCUUGUACUGCUCAGUCAAAGCAAUGGUGUUGUUUGGUCAUCAAACUUGAAGAAAGAAGCUAGAAAUCCAAUAGUGCAACUCCUAGAUUCUGGAAAUCUUGUUAUCAGAGAUGAAAGGGAUGGUAAUUCAGAAACAUUUUUAUGGCAAAGCUUUGACUAUCCAACUGACACAAUUUUACCAGGGAUGAAAAUUGGAUGGGACUUGAAAACAGGCCAUGAACGACAACUGUCAGCAUGGAAGAGCUCAGAUGAUCCAACUCCUGGAGAUUUCACUAUGGGGGUGGCGCUGUACAACUUCCCUGAUACAUUUGCAUGGAAGGGUUCAAAAAAGCACUUCAGAAGUGAUGGCCUUAGAUACAGUGGUGCGCGCGAGUCAAGGUCUAGUCCUUUUCAGUACAGCUUCCCGUCGAUGUUUGAAUUAAACUUUGUAUGGAAUGAGACUGAGGUGUACAAUAUCUUUUACGUCAAAAAUAAAUCGGUGAUGGCAAGGAGCAUCUUAAACCAAACUACAUAUCAGUCUGAGUUCUACAUAUGGAAUGAAGAAACCAGCACUUGGAUGCUAAAUUGGUACAUGCCAAGGGACAUCUGUGACACUUAUGGAUACUGUGGUGCAUAUGGGAAAUGUGACAAUACAGAAUCGCCACCUUGUGAAUGUUUAAGAGGAUUCAAGCCUAAAUCACCACUGUAUUGGGCUCAAGGAUGCGAGCGCAAUAAGCCAAUAGAUUGUCAGAAUGGGGAUGGGUUCAUCAAAUUUGAUGGACUGAAAUUGCCAGAUACAACACGUUCUUGGGUUAACAAAAGUAUGAAUCUCAAAGAAUGCAGAGACAAGUGCUUACAAAACUGUUCGUGUAUGGCCUUUGCAAACACUGAUAUUAGAGGAGGAGGCAGCGGUUGUGCCAUUUGGUUGGGUGAUCUGAUCGAUAUAACCCAGUUAAAAUCCAGUGGACAGGAUCUAUAUAUUCGAAUGUCUUCUUCUGAAACAGGAACAAAAUAUGAGAGUAUUAAAGUGAAGAUAACAGUUCCAAUUGCUAUUUUCAUAGUUGCCGGUUUGUCUCUUCUCAGCUAUUACAUCUGCAGAUCCCAUGCAAAAGUAAAGGGAACCAACAAUGAAGGGCAAGAGGAGGAAGGGAUGGAACUCCAAACGUUCGACAUAGCUGUAAUAGCUAAAGCCACCAAUGACUUUUCAAACGACAACAAGCUAGGAGAAGGUGGUUUCGGGUCAGUUUACCGGGGUAACCUGCUAGAUGGACAAGAAAUUGCUGUGAAGAGGCUUUCAAGAAGCUCUAGACAAGGGUUAAAUGAGUUCAAAACUGAAGUAAAACUUAUAGCCAAACUUCAACAUAGGAAUCUUGUAAAACUUCUUGGAUGCUGCAUUUGCGGAGAAGAAAAAAUGCUAGUUUAUGAAUAUAUGCCUAAUAAAAGUUUGGACUUCUUCAUUUUUGAUAAAACAAGAAGUAAGCUAUUAGAUUGGCCGAUACGAUUUCACAUUAUCUGCGGUGUUGUUCGGGGGCUUCUCUAUCUACAUCAAGAUUCAAGAUUGAGAAUUGUACACAGAGAUCUUAAAUCUAGUAAUGUUCUUCUCGAUAGCGUGAUGAAUCCGAAAAUUUCAGACUUCGGCCUAGCUAGAACUUUUGGAGGAGACCAAACUGAGGGCAACACGAGCAGAGUUGUUGGAACAUAUGGUUAUAUGGCACCGGAAUACGCUUUUGAUGGGCAAUUCUCAUUAAAAUCAGAUGUUUUUAGUUUUGGAAUACUGGUGUUGGAGAUCAUAACUGGAAAGAGAAAUAGAGGAUUCUACCAACCUAACCAUGGCUAUAACCUUACUGGACAUGCAUGGACAUUGUGGAAGGAAGGAAGGCCAUUAGACUUGAUUGAUUCAUUUUUGCAAGAGUCGUGUGCUCCAUCGGAAGUGUUAAGGUGCAUCCACAUUGCUCUCUUAUGCGUGCAACAGAAUCCUGAUGACAGGCCAUAUGUGUGUUCGGUGGCUCUAAUGUUGGGUGGCGAGAAUCCAUUCAGUCAACCCAAAGAACCUGGCUUUUUUAUGGAAAAGAAAACGCUUGAAACAAAUUCUUCAGCAAUCAAGCUUGAAUCACCUGCUACCAAUGAUAUCAGUAUCUCAGUGUUGGAGGGUCGAUAGAGGAUUCUUGAACUACCUAUAUGAUUCAUGUUGCCAUUGUCUUAUCAAAAUUAAUCGUUUGUUGAUACCUUUUUGAAACUUAUAUUUCUAAAUCAUGAGAACAGAAUAUAUGUUUUG